GAUGUUGUACUGAAGGAGUUCUCCUACCCGGUGUACAAGCCAGACAAGAAGAUGGGAUAUGAAUUCAGGAUACGGAUGAGAUACGACUGUCUGUUUGGUGACCUGAAGACAUGGAGUGAAUGGACAUCAACAAGAUACUGGAGAAAUGAGACUGAGACAGGUAGAGCACUCUGUCUUUCUAUGUCCCUUUCCCACUCCCCCUCUCUUUCCUUCUCUUUCACCCUCUGUCUCACAAUGAACUAUAGGUCAAUUGUUUAGCCCAUGAACAAAAUGAGGGAACAGCAUUUGUGUGUAGUACAGUUGAUGAAUGAGGCUAAAAAUACUUUUUCAAACACUCAAACUCUUUUUGUCAACAGGUUCCUGUGCCACAGAGGUUUAUUUAGAGAUAAACGCCACUGUUUAUGUUGUGACCAUUUUACCUUUGUUGAUCUGCUUCCUGCUGAUA